GGAGAAAACUGGCUCCUCCUCUCAGCUAAAAAUCAUAUAAAUGUAUACUGACGGCAUAGACUCAAAGUAGAGGAUUCCUUGUGUUGUGUUAAGGGGUUCAUUUAGGACAAUUCUCCGAGUGCCAUGGACAGGUUCACAGUCGCAAACUGCUGUUUGGGACUCCUUGGUUUGCUGUUACUGCAAGGAGUGAUCAGUUCGGAGGGGAGUAGCAUAUUUACCUCUGGAAACCAACUUUUUAAUCUCAAAGAUGACCCAGAGAUUCAGCGUAAGAUUCUUUCACUUCUGUUUCACAAAACUUUGGCUCCAAUGGAAAGGGAGGACCUACUGGGUAUGGAGCUGGGUAAUAAAUUAGCUGAUCUCGAGGAGCUGCGUACAAUGUGGGAAGACCUAGAACUGGAGAGGAAGAUUUCUACUAAUGUAGCAGAGGAAAAAUCCAUCACAACAAAGCGUGGGGAACCCUGUUUUUGGAAAUAUUGUGUCUGACACUGACUAAAGGGGAAGAUAACCACCAUGGAAACUUGCUGCAGUGUUCAGCAUAGCCUUAAAACCUGCUAACACCAGUAAUUUAACCACCCUGUAUUUAUUCCAGCAAUAUAGCAAUGUACAUUUCAUGUACCUCCUAGAUACUGUCAUGAAGCCCCUGAGUCAUGUUACUGUACAUAUUGUCUGACAGGAAUUUUAUUAUGUAACAAACUGAAUCUAUUUUACCUCAUCUGGAUUUCUAAUUUAACUAUGUUUGUGUUUUCAUUGCCCUCAUCUGGCAGAACUUGACAGAACUUUUUUUUUUUUUUAAAGAACCAACAAUAACCUCACUUUUCACUGUUGUUAAAAAGAAACUGUGUUCAUUUUUUCAAUGUAAAUAGGAUUUCAAUGUCUGUCUAUGAUUUUUGUUUUAAAAAUUCAGAAAAACAUUAAAAAAUUGCAACCUCUGUUAUGUAAAUCCUUUUAAA